AUGGGUUCGGCACCGGGAGAAGGAGAUUACGAGACGAUCGAGGGUGAACAGAAGAAGCGAGUGUGCUACUUUUUCGACUCGGACAUCGGCAACUACCAUUAUGGACCAGUCCAUCCCAUGAAACCUACGCGGAUAAGGAUGACCCACUCGUUGGUCAUGAACUACGGCUUGUACAAGAAGAUGGAAAUCUUCCGAGCAAAACCGGCGACCAAGAGGGAGAUGUCUCAGUUCCACACGGAUGAAUACGUCGACUUCCUGUACCGCAUCAACCCGGAGAACGCCAACGGCUACGCUCGAGAACAACAAAAAUACAAUGUGGGAGAUGACUGUCCGAUCUUUGAUGGAUUAUUCGAAUACUGUUCCAUCUCUGCAGGCGGUUCCAUGGAGGGAGCUGCUAGGUUGUCAAGGGACAAGUGCGAUAUCGCCGUCAAUUGGGCCGGAGGAUUGCAUCACGCGAAGAAGGCUGAAGCGAGCGGGUUCUGCUACGUCAACGAUAUUGUGUUGGGAAUCCUGGAAUUGCUGAGAUACCACCAGCGGGUCAUGUACAUCGACAUCGACGUUCAUCACGGAGAUGGCGUCGAAGAGGCCUUCUAUACCACUGAUCGGGUGAUGACCCUGAGUUUCCACAAAUACGGUGAAUUCUUUCCCGGUACUGGGGAGUUGAGGGAUAUUGGAAUCGGAAAGGGGAAAUACUACGCGCUGAAUGUCCCUUUGAGGGAUGGUAUCACGGAUGAUGGUUACAGGGAGAUUUUCGAAUCGACCGUCGGGCGGUCGGUCGAGUGGUACAAGCCCACAGCGAUCGUGUUGCAGUGUGGCGCCGAUUCCCUAGCAGGAGACAAGCUCGGGUACUUCAACCUGUCACUCAAAGGACACGCCGACUGCGUGCAGUUUGUGAAGAAGUUCAACCUGCCCCUGUUACUUCUGGGUGGAGGAGGAUACACCCUUCGCGCGACAUCGCGAGCGUGGGCAUAUGAGACUGGUCUCGCUGCGGGUGUAAAGCUCUGCCGUCGGAUCCCAGCCAACGAGUACUUCGAACAUUACGGACCCGAUUAUGAGCUGGAUGUGAGGAGCUCGAACAUGGAGGACUUGAACACGCCCGAAUAUCUCGCCAAGAUCCAGCGAGCGAUUUACGAAAACUUAAGGGAGAAGGAGUCGGCGCCCGGGAUUCAGAUGCAGAGUGUACCUAAGCUCGACCACGACGACGAUGACGGUCGUGAAGACGAGGAUAUGGAGGAUCCCGAUAUCCGUAUCAACAUUCGACAGAAGGAUGCGCGGAUACAGCGGGAUGGGGAAUUAUCCGAUUCUGACGACGAGGGAAUGGGCGGCCGCAGGCACCGUCAGAAUCACGGCGAGUCGAACGAGAAACCCAGCAGUCGGCGUAAGGGUAAAUCACCCGAGAAGGGAGACACGAACGGCGGUGCCGUGUCACCAAAGAUGGACAAGAAGAAGCGCGUCAAUGGCGAAAAGGUUGGCAAUGGUACACCUGGGUUGGACUCAGAGGCGCCUCCCGCGCCCAAAGGUACCGUUGUCAGCACAGGCGCGAUCAUCGCGACAGGGGAACUAGAAGACGGGGAGGUUGAAGAGGACACAGAGAUGAAGGCGACCGGUACCGAUACACCGACAAAUCAGAGCGCCGACGUCGACAUGGAUGCUGUGAACAGCGAGAUCGAGAAUGAAAAGGCGACCGGACAGAUCAACAAGGUCGGCAUGGAGGCGAAGGGUGCGGACGAGAGUGGCGCCAUUCCUCCAGCACCGACGGCAGGAUAG